AGCUAUCAAGAGUAAAUAUGAUACCCAAUCACCUAGAGAUAAAGAAAAAAAAAAAGAGUUACCAAUCCCAACCAGUCCUUGCGGAUGCCUAGCACAAAUUUAUCAAAGACUGGAUAUCUGGGAAAUUUGGCCUGGAUGUGUUUGUUUUCCAUUGGCAUCGAGCAUCACAUUUUCUUACUAUUUCUUAUCCUAAUAUACGAUUCAUUUCUUCGCAACCCGUCCCAGAGCUACAGACACUUAUCCCAAAAGCAACUUCUGUUGUUCCUUGUUUCCUUGCAUCGCUUGCCCAUACUUCUGAGCCUUACUGCUUUUUUCCGAAUCGCAUUUAAUCAACUGAUAGCUUUCGUUGGUUAUCCUAGGAGUGUUGCAAUAUCUUUCAUGGCAUAGAUUGACAAGCAUUAGAUUGAAUGCAAUCUAGAUCUCUAGUAUCAUGGUGUGACGUAGAUGGCGCUGCGUUAAAGUCUAGUAGAAGCAGUCCUCACUUCACUCUUCAAAGAAUGUACGGUGCUAUUACAAAGGAUGGGAGGGAGGAGGUGCCCAAGCUAGCUGCUAUC